AUGAUUGGUAGAAGCAGGAAAGACACCUUCAAGUAUAUCAAAGAUAGAGUUUGGAAAAAGAUAAAUUCUUGGAGUAGCAGAAGUCUUUCUCAAGCAGGUAGAGAAACUCUCAUCAAGUCUGUGCUACAAGCUAUUCCUUCAUACAUUAUGAGUAUUUUCUUACUUCCUUCAUCCUUAAGUGACGAAAUUGAGAAAAUGAUGAAUUCCUUUUGGUGGGGUCAUAACCGAAUUAGAGGCAAAGGUUUAAAUUGGCUGUCUUGGGAUAAAUUGUCAAUUCCUAAGAGAGACGGCGGUAUGGGCUUUAGAAAUCUCAGUGCUUUCAACUAUGCUAUGUUAGGUAAACAGGCUUGGAGUAUCAUGACAAAUCCUGAUAAACUUGUUACCAAAUUGUUUAAAGCAAGAUAUUUUCCCAAUCGCGUUUUUAUGGAUUCAGGUAUUGGGCAUAAUCCAAGCUAUGUCUGGAGGAGUUUAUGGAGUUCUAAAUUUGUGAUUCGAAGUGGGCAUAAGGGGAGCAUUGGGUCGGGAGAUAAUAUUCCCGUCUGGGGACAAAAUUGGUUACAUGACAGCUCUUCUCUGAUUAAUCCGUGGCCAAACAACCCAGUUAUUACUAGGCUGAAAGUUGCGGACUUAAUGAGCCCAAACUCAAAGUCCUGGUCCCCCGAUCUGAUUCUACCGUUAGUAGGGAGGGAUGUUGCGAACAAAAUCUUAAAUACUCCUUUAUUCGAAGCGGUCCACGCGGAUAGAAUGAUUUGGAAGCUUGACGGAAAUGGCAAUUACUCUGUGAGAAAAACUCUGUACCCACUAGAGCUUGACUUAGAGAUAAAGGUAUUGAUUGCCCGAAUACGUGUGGUAUCUGCGGUUUGGAGGAAGAGAGCUACCAUCACCUCUUCUUCAAGUGCUCUAAAAGCGUGGAGUGUUGGGAAAGUUGCUAACCAAGAGGAACAAGCCACUUUCUCCACAAUUUUAUGGAGCCUAUGGAAGUGCAGGAAUAAUCUGAUAUGGAAUCAAACAGAAGAAUCCAAAUACCACAUAUGUAAUCGAGCUAUGAACCUCUUAGUCGGUUGGAGAAAGGCCCAGACGACAAGAAACCCGCCCAAUCCUCAAUCUAAUUCUUCUGCUGAUACGACUUGGAGAAAGCCGGCAAUUGGUCGCCUCAAAUGUAAUAUUGAUGCCUCCUUUUCCAACAAUAAAGUGGGUAUUGGUGCUUGCAUUAGAGAUGACAAAGGCUCCUUUAUUGCAGCCAGAACAGAGUGGUUCUCACCUAUUACCGAAGUUGCCGUAGGUGAAGCUUUGGGACUUCUUUCUUCUAUCAAAUGGGUGAAUGAGCUUGGUUACGAUAAUAUGGAUUUUGAAUUGGAUGCAAAAAGCGUUGUGGAUAAUGUGAAUAGGAGCAGUCCUAAUAAUACGGAUUGUGGUGCUAUUACCUCAGAAUGUAAGCGCGUUCUAGUAUCUUCUUUUAGGAACUCUCAUGUUAAGUUCGUUAGAAGACAAGCUAAUGAAGUUGCUCAUGUCUUAGCUCGGGCGGCUACAUUUUUUGCUAGUUUUCAGGUUUUUACCGAUAUACCAACAUGUAUUCUUUCUCUUAUUAUUAAUGAAAUGAAGUAA